AUGACGUCCACGGCGUACUCGCGGUCGUCCAAGCUGCCGGGCGGCGGCCCCGAGCGGCGGCUGCCCCCGCGCCUCAUGCGGAGCCUCACGUCCAAGAUCGAGCCCAAGAAGCUGGGCGUCGGCCUCGUCGCCGGCUGCUGCCUCGCGCUCCUCACCUACGUCUCCCUCGCCAAGCUCUUCGCAAUCUACUCCCCCGUCUUCGCCAGCACGGCCAACACGUCCGCGCUGAUGCAGAACGCGCCGCCGACCUCGUCCAAGCCGUCCGUGCUGGAGACCGAGACCAUCCCGCCGCAAGAGACGCUCGGCAGCGGCGGCGGCGGCGGCGACAGCGCGGAUCCCGUCGAUCCGAGUGAGGUACCGGCGGGCUCCGAGGAGCCCGGCUUGCCAGAAGCUGCCGUCACGAGGAAGGACAUGGCGGGGUCCGACGAGCCCGGCUUGCCCACCAGGAAGGACGACGGCGACAAUGCGGCGGCCGAGCCCACCAACAAACCAACUGCUGCUGCUGCUGAGGAUAAGAAAGAAGGGGACGAUGGCAAUGGCGGCCAAGGCAAGAUGACGUGCGACGAGAACGGCGUGGACGAGGGGUUCCCGUACGCGCGGCCGACCGUGUGCGAGCUAUCCGGCGACGUCCGCGUGAGCCCGAAGCAGAAGACGGUGUACCUGGUGAACCCGUCCGGCGCCGGCGGGUUCGACGAGAGCGGCGACAAGCGGCUCCGCCCCUACGCCCGCAAGGACGACUUUUUAAUGCCCGGCGUGACGGAGGUGACGGUGAAGUCGGUCCUCUCCGCCGCGGUGGCGCCCAAGUGCACGAAGCACCACGCCGUGCCGGCGGUGGUGUUCUCGAUCGCCGGGUACACGGACAACUUCUUCCACGACAUGGUGGACGCGAUGGUCCCGUUGUUCCUGACGACGGCGCAUCUCAAGGGCGAGGUGCAGCUGCUCAUCACCAACUACAAGCCGUGGUGGGUGCAGAAGUACACGCCGCUGCUGCGGAAGAUGUCGCUCCACGACGUGAUCAACUUCGACGCCGAGGACGCCGACGACGUGCACUGCUUCCCGGCGGGCGCGUUCGUGGGGCUGUACCGCGACCGGGACCUGAUCCUGUCGCCGCACCCGACCCGGAACCCGCGCAACCUGACGAUGGUGGACUUCAGCCGGUUCAUGCGCGGCGCGCUGGCGCUGCCACGCGACCGGCCCGCGGUGCUCGGCGAGGCGCCCGGCAUGCGUCCCCGGAUGCUGAUCAUCUCGCGCGCGGGGACGCGGCGGCUGCUGAACCUGGACGAGGUGGCGGCGGCGGCGGACAAGCUGGGGUUCAACGUGACAUCGGCGGAGGCCGGCGCGGACGUGCCGGCGUUCGCGGCUCAGGUGAACGCGGCGGAUGUGCUGGUGGGCGUGCACGGGGCCGGGCUGGCGAACGUGGUGUUCCUGCCGACGGAGGCGGUGGUGGUGCAGAUCGUGCCGUGGGGCAAGAUGGACUGGAUGGCCACCAACUUCUACGCGCGGCCGGCCGCCGGGAUGGGGCUCCGGUACCUGGAGUACUACGUCGGGGAGGAGGAGACGAGCCUGAAGGACAAGUACCCGAGGGAGCACGCGGUGUUCAGGGACCCCAUGUCGCUCCACACGCAGGGGUGGCAGGCGCUCGCUCAGACCAUCAUGAAGCAGGACGUCGCCGUCAACCUCACCAGGUUCCGGCCGGUCCUGCUGCAGGCGCUCGACAAGCUGCAGCAGUGA